UUUUACGCUGCCAUUUUGUCCGGCAGAGCAGCACCCAGCCAGUCAGUCCGUAAAGAGAAACCACUGGCGAGACUUUUGAGACAGCAGCACAGGACCAGGGGGACAAAACGAGCCGGUAAUGUGGAGUCGGCAGCCGAAGGACAGCGACAACUGAGCCCGAGGACCGUGAAAGGAAACAACCGAGCCCGAGGAGCUGUCAUUUUUAACUUAACGUCUCCGCCGGCUCUGCUCUUCAGUCACAGACUCCAGACGCUCGCGCUCUGGCUGGCUGGCAGGUUAGCUAACCCCCGCUAGCUACUCGGCUAACACCCACCGCUCCUCGCACCUUUUCUUCCCGGGACAAACCGCACCUGUCCCGGCUGUCAGUCACACAGUCUCCUCUUGUGAACUUAAAACAAUGUGCUGCUUAUUUCUGACUGACUUUUCGCGCCCGAGGGGGGGUUUACCAAACACUUUGCCAAGCGACCAGUGAUAGCUAACUAAAACAGUCCAAGCUAACAAGUUGACGUGGAGGAGGAACUCAAGAUUUUUUUUUUUUUUUUUUUUUUUUGGGAUCGUCGAGAUUCUUGUUGAUGUUCUCCAAACUGUGAUUUCAUACGGAUUACUUUUUGGUGUCGCCUGACCCCCGAGGAGGUCCCUCACAAAGCAAAUCGCCCAGGUUACAAACCAGCCAAGUUAGCUAUGUUUAUUUGUGGCCAGAAAGUAAUUUCCAGUGUUUACAAAUUCCACAGUGGGACUCUUUCCUGGUUCGAGUACUGCAACGGAAACAUUAGCUAACACACACUAGCUCAGAUUAGUGUCGUCGUGUUGUGUUUACUAGAUAGGUAGAUAGUCGGAAUAAACUGUUGCCAAACAAUUUAACUAGACUACAAAUCAGCUGUUGAUUGUGGUUCCCGUUGUUAAGCCAAUCUUGUACCUGCAGUUUUUUUUGCCACCAGUGAUCUGACAUUGCUGCAGACUGCACAGGUUUUGUACGCACCUGAAACACACAUACACACACAAAGAACACACAACAGUGGGUGUCUGAUCGCAACCCUUUACCUCCACUUGACAGUGAAGUCACGUUGAGUUGUGUCCCGCAGGGAGUUGAUCCAUUGAUCGGAUCGUUAUUGUGCUAUUUUAGCUGAUUGAGGUAAAAAAAAGAAAAGCAGCAGAUAGAGAUAGAAGCGAUGUCGGGCCAAUCUAUCACGGAUCGGAUCGCAGCAGCUCAGCACAGCAUGACCGGGUCGGCUAUCAGCAAGGCUGUGUGCAAAGCCACCACGCAUGAAGUCAGCGGACCCAAGAAGAAACACCUUGACUAUCUGAUCCACUGCACCAAUGAGAUGAACGUGAACAUUCCCCAGCUGGCGGACACGCUGUUUGAGCGCACGGCCAACUCCAGCUGGGUGGUGGUCUUCAAAGCCCUCAUCACCACCCACCACCUCAUGAUGUACGGCAACGAGCGUUUCAUCCAGUACCUGGCCUCCAGAAACACCCUGUUUAACCUGAACAACUUCCUGGAUAAGGGAGCUCUGCAAGGUUAUGACAUGUCAACCUUCAUCAGACGAUACAGCCGUUACCUGAACGAGAAGGCCAUGUCCUACAGACUGGUGGCUGUGGAUUUCACCAAGAUGAAGAGGGGGAUUGACGGUGUGAUGCGUACCAUGAACACAGAGAAGCUGAUCAAGACGCUGCCCAUCAUUCAGAACCAGCUGGAUGCUCUGCUGGAUUUCCAGGCCAACCCUAAUGAGCUGACCAACGGAGUGAUCAACUCAGCCUUCAUGCUGCUCUUCAAAGACUCCAUAAGGCUGUUUGCUGCUUACAAUGAAGGGGUCAUCAACCUACUGGAGAAAUACUUUGACAUGAAGAAGAACCAGUGCAAAGAUGCUCUGGACAUCUACAAGAAAUUUCUUUACAGGAUGACGAAGCUGUCGGAGUUCCUCAAAGUGGCCGAGCAAGUUGGAAUAGAUCAGGGUGACAUCCCAGAUCUCUCGCAGGCCCCCAGCAGCCUCCUGGAGGCUUUGGAGCAGCACCUGGCUUCUCUGGAGGGCAAGAAGACCAAGGAACUGAAUGCAGACACCAGAGCGUCCACCUUGUCCAGCGCCGUCUCAUCUCUCUCCUCCACCGGCAUGUCCUUCAGCCGCAUGGAUGAGAAGGAGAAGCAGCAGGCCCUGGAGGAGGAGCAGGCCAGACUGCAGGCUCUUAAGGACCAGCGCCUGAAGGAGAUCGGUAUGCAGACUCCACCCUCUGCCUCCCCCAACAGCCAGACGAUAGGCAGUGCCAACAACAACCACAUCACACAAACCCCAGAGUUGUUCACCUCCACGCUGUCCACCAACAGUGUGCCCAAUCUGAACAGUGACCUGUUUGAUCUUCAGCCGGCCUUCAUCCCCGCUGUGCAGAGCACUCCUUCAAUCUCCACCGCCAACAGUGCCUGGGGAGGAUUGGAGAGCCAGCCUCUGCAGCAGACCACCGCAGCCAUGGCUGUAGAUUUCGAUGCUGUGUUUGGGAAUAAUUCCACGCCCAGUAACAACGGUCCACAACCUGCAGCCGGUUUUGAUGCUCUAGGAGACCUGUUGAAGCCUACGAUGCCCACACACACUGCACCUCUUCCUCCUCCUCAAAUGGCCAUCCAUCAUGGAGGAAAGCUGCUAGCCAACGACCUCGACUCCUCUCUGGCCAACCUCGUGGGCAAUCUGCAGUUUGGUGGGACCCCAGCCAAGAAGCCAGAGAUGCAGUGGAACCAGCCUGGAGAGAAGAAGCUGACGGGAGGCCAGAACUGGCAGAAUAAGACCAUGUCGACCACACAGUGGGGCCCCGCGCCCAUGGCCCCACAGCCCAUGCCUGUACAACACGUGGCUCCAGCUCCCAUGGCUUUUCCCAUGACCACACCGCAAGUGCCUGUGUAUGGAAUGGUCCCUCCCCAGAUGGGUCAGAUGGGCGGGGUACCAGUGAUGGCUCCUCAGCCAAUGAUGUACAACCAGCCUGUUCUCAGACCCACCAAUCCCUUCGCACCCAUGCCCGGAGCCCAGAUGCAGUUUAUGUAAUCCAGUCAGGGGGGUAAGCAGAGUGCCAAAAGCGACAAACAAACAGCAGAAGAAAACACACAAGAGGAACGAUCAGAGGGAUGGAGGAACGAUUUGAUCAUGCUAAAACGACUAAGAGACAGACAGACGACAAGAUAACCAACCAACACCAAAAAACGAGUUGGAAAGAGGAGAGGAUGACCGAACGGAGGAUGGAGGGAUGUGGUGGAGGAGACGGUUGUUGUCUGAAACAACUUGCGAGUGUGUGUAUGUGCGUGUCUGUAGCUUCUUUCUGUUCUACUGUCUUAUUUGUCUUUUAAAUCGAUGGAGUGACGCUUCAGGAGAGGGAAUACGGAUGAGAGAGGACGCUGUGAAGAAAGACGGAGGAGGAGAAAAGAGGGGAUUGAGGAAACCCUACCUCUGGUUUUCAGUCAAACCCAUCUGACUGCUGUGAGAGUCUCUGCUGCAGAAUUAGCUUUAUUUCAUACUGGUGCUAUUUUGUCCUCUCUUGGUUACCGUCCGCCUGCAACGGCAACUUGGGAGCACUUAGGAGGGGACAAGUGUUUGUUUAGUGUGCGUGGAAGAAUGUGUACUUGUGCAGCAGUUGUUUCAGACAAUACCUUUACAACCGACCUCAUCUCCAUCCCCUGCGUUCGCCGCCUGCGUCCACAACUGUCCAAUCAGCGAGAGAUUUGGAGGCGAAUCUUCUCAAGUGUGUUUCCCGUAAUUUUACGCUCUCUGUUGGGGCUAUCUUUGUAUUUUUCAAUCUGUUUUCUUCUGCAGCCUCUCCUGAAUGUUACCGGGGCUUGUACAGCGAUUUGUUGAACCAUUUGUUAAUAGUAGUUGAGCAUUUGUUGCUAUGGGUUUUUAAGCUUAAGUCUUUGUUACUCAUACUGCAUUGUUUUCUUCUCUUAAAAGCGACAGAUACACACAGAGACGGGGAUUAGCGGUGCAGUAAUGUGUUGGCACAAUACAGACGUCUAAAUUGUCUGUGAACCAAAAAUCUUAAAGCCUGGUCACACGAGAAAGUGGUACAGGGAAAUAUGUGGAAGUGGUACUCGCAGGGCUAACUGGUGAACUACUAGAGCUAGCAAGCUAACUGCUAACACUCUAAACAGCCAGGGAAAUGCUUAUGCUAGUCAGUUCUUUGUCUGCACCAUUGUUUAGCUUUGUCCCCUGGCAUUUAUCUUGACAUCAAUUGAUUAAAUAAAGUGUUAUAAAAGAGAGGGGUAAAGCUAAUCUGAGCUAGCUAGCUAGCUCAAACUGUCAGUUAACAAAUUUGAGGGGAAAAAGCAGGCCCUCAGAAAAGCCGCUCAGCCUUGCAGCAAAUUUGGUCACUUAGAGUAUUGCAGGGAAAAAUCCCCUGUGGCCCAAAAAGCAUUUUCCCCAUAGACUACCAUUAUAAAAGAUAUGUAUGUAAAACUGUCGACAGGACACCUUCAACCAGCUUCGUUAGUUUGGUUGCUAAUGUGACACUACGUUCACACAGGUCAUUAAAAAAUGUUCCCAGGGAGGUCAAAUAAAACUGGAUAGUGAAACUAAGCUAAUGAGCUACGAUAGCCUCCUUCAUUUUAGUCUGUUCGUUCCCCCAAAAAGACUUGUAGCCUCCCCUCUUUUCCUCACUCCUGCGCUAGCUUGGCUUGGCUUGGUUUGGUUUAGCCUGUCAGCCCAGUGCGGCAGGGAUUUGCGUCUCCAUUACAACAGGGCUGCCUGCUUGAAGAUGUGUCUUCAACUGAUGACGGCUUGUCUUGAGUGAUGACGUUUAAAAGUAGAAGGCUGAUCCACGGCUGAAGUCUCUUGUUUAGUUCCAAGUGUUUUUCCAUCACACAGCAGGGCAGGUAAAAGAAGUUUACCUGUUGGAGGUGAGCUGUUUGCAGAGGUGCAGUAAGAGCCUGUUGUCUGCAGCUCUUCAUCAACAUCUCACUGUGGCUGUUUCUGCUUUCACUCUUGCUCCAUGCUGUAUUUGGACUUGUUUUAUUGAAGAAAACCCCCUAACAAAGUUGUGGUAAUUUGCUUAACACAUUUUAUUUCACCUAGAUUCUUCACAAUCAAAGUUCCCCGUUAGUUUGUUAUGUAAAAGCUUUGAUUUUGAAGCAGCAAAGUAAGGAAAUGUUGAGUUUUCAUCAGCAGUAACUUAACAUGACUCGUAUGGCUGAUAGCGAACAUGAAACAGUAAAAUAAAGCAGAUAUCUAAAGUAAAAACAGGACGUAGGAGAGAAACUAAACUCCAAACCACAGAGAUUCAGUUAGAAGCUACAAAAGUACUGAGAGCUGAACACACAGAGACUUUUAAAGAUGUCUUCCUCACUGGUCUCCUGCAGACAGAGGUGAGUUGAGUCUUGUAAUACACACAUCGUCGUCAGGGGUUGGCUACAGUUGGCGAGACGUCAUUGUUACCUGCAUAGUGCUGGUCAGGUGGGCUUUUGGCCCUACACCAGAGAUGGUCCAUCAGUGGUGUGGCUCAGCAAAGACAAAUCGCUGCAGUGUGGUUUGACUCAUGACGGCCCAAACCGGUAAUGGAAAAAGGGUAUUUCUGUUUGGUUAACGGCAACAAUUUGUAGGUCAAGUUUCACAAAAGUACUUCGCCCUUGCUGUUGAUUCACUGAUUCUGGCUGUUACAUUGGAGUUAGCUCAUUUCACCAUUUUAAAGCGCUGGUGUGACCAGGCCUUGAGCCAAACAUAAUCUUCAACAUUAAUCUUGACACAUUUUGGAUAUCAUUACUCUCAGCAGAGAGUAGAGUAGAGGAAAUCUGUAUUUUUGUUACGCUAACACAACUGCAGUGUUUAUUAGCAUCAUUAGCCGCCUGUUAGCACCUGGUUGAUCUGUGUGUAUCUGUUCCUCUUGUCCUUAUCAGCUUACCCAACCAGAUUCAGACGUCAAAGGUUUCUAAAAUAAGAGCUUUUUUAUGAGGUGCACCCUAUUGGCAGAUCCACAGUAUGUGCCGGUGAUUGAUGACAGCAGCACUGAGUGAGUGAUUAAACGUUACUGAAUUAAGUUGAAUUCACUUUAAAUUGCACUGAAUCAAAGCGAGCGGCUUUAAGUGCGACUCUGUCUGCACCGAGAGCCAAAACGACACUGGUCGUUUGGCAUCACCCUCGCUCCGUGACUCCAGGAAAUUUUGGGGCAUCAAAUUUGACUCGUGUAAGAGGUCAUUCCUCAGCCAAAGCAUCCAUCACCAUGAGUUUGACUGUUGGUAUAAGUGUGCAUUAUGCAUCUUCAGUGUGUUCACGUGUGUGCUUACACAUUUUCUGUGUAUGUUUUUCCAUUGAGGGCUAUUUCUGAGGGUCAAAUAGUGUCAAAUUUCGAGCCAAAUUUGAGCCAGCGAGUUUGACAAGAAAUGUGCUUUUUUUUUUUUUUUUUUUUUUUUGUAAAAUCAAAAUUUUGUUGCAAAAUGCACAUGCACAAGUUUGCACUGAAGUGACUAUCCUGCCGUUAAGUAGAGCUGUUGCCAGUUCUCCUGGUGUGAAAAAAAGUUGAGAAAGAGAUUUGAAGUUUGUAGAAAUCGUUUGAGGUUUUACAAUAAUGAGUUUGUCUAAUCUACCAGCCACUUUGGCAGGUGACUAAAAAUUGUUUUUCCUGCCAUUCUAACGAUGAACUUGAAACUUUUUGUAGUCCCAUCCCCAUCCCAGUCCAGUGUCUACAUCCCAGUGAUAGUUGACAUGAAAUCUCUAGAAUCUCGCUUCAGUCUCUAAACUCUGUCCAGCUGGUCUAUCUCUAGAAUGCUUUUUUAGCCUGCUUCGUCACUGUUUGGUAUGUGUAGAUAUGUAAAAAAAGAAAUUAUAGUAAUAACCAGUUUCUGUCUAGAUCGUCUGCUCCCACCCAUCACUGUCGCUGUUGGAUAGAUAUUGCUCUUAGACGCUUCUUGUCGCAGUCUUGUGUUAGCUUAGCCUCUCUUCAUAGUAUCCUCCUUAUAGAAGACCUCCUGCAGUAGGUUUCCCACCUUGUCCUCACCUCUGCCAGUGUCUAGUAACUAUAGCUCUAUUAUCUCUCUUGGUGUCUCUGUCUUUUAGCCGUAGACGAAACCUUUCGGAGGCUCUCAGGCUUUGUGGUUCGCUUUUCUCUAGCUUUGAGUGCGCUCUUUUUCUUCUCGCUGUUAGCAUCGCACCAGUGUCUGGUUAGAUAAAGGUCUUCGUCUUUUCUUUUUUCUCCCCGUCUCGACAGCAGCGGCCAUCUCCGCCUCUCGUUAUGAUGUCAGCAGCCUACAAACUGUCUCUGAUUGGACUGUUGAACCCAGGCGGUCAAUCAGAUGCUUGGAUAUCCAGGUGUUUUGGGAUAAAUGGGAGACUCUGCUGGUGAGAACAGUAGCAUAUGUAGUCCAGCCAGGUUUGGGAAAGCAGCUAAAGCUAAAGUCUGUCUGCUCAACUAGCCACUUUGAGUCAACCAGCUGUUGUUCAGGGUACUUUUAAGGUUCAUUCAAUUGGGAAACUGUGGCAAGUAGCAAGGGAAUCCACGAAUCACUGGGACACUUGAAUAAAAGUUCAGUUCCAAGUCCUGACUUUAAGAAACAUGUAGGUUAUCUUUGGUGUCCAGAAAGCUGCUUUCUGGUGUUUGUGAUGUCCUAGAAGUUAACUUUUAUCAGCAUGAACUCCCUCUGACACCACCUGUGUCCUAAAAAGGGUCUCCACCCUCAAAAUCCAGGUACCUAUUGCUUUUGGCAUCCAACUCGGACUCUCAUUAAACUAUUUUCUUAAUGGUCUGCGCUUUGGCACCAAAAAUGAGUUCUAAUCACGGCUCUUUAUUUUUCUGGGACAGCUGUCUCGCUGUCUCUAAUCUGGCGAUGAUGAAUAGGCACUUCAGAAAGAGAAGCCGUUACCGACCGUGGCAGUGAUCCAGAAUCAUAUCAUCGUCACCCUGGAUCUUAAGAACAAUGAAUCAUAUCAGGUCUCAAUGCAGAGCUGAUAAUUCCUGAUGUUUUGUAAUUACGUCCUCAGAAUACGAAAUGUGUUUGGCUUCGGUGUGAAGGACAGUGCAAGGAUGUUUUGUGUUUUGUCACCUGAAACAGGUGAAAUCAAACAGUAUGAAAGCUGUUUGACCCAGUCUGACUUUUUCAGUUCUUUUCUUUCAAGCCAAUUCGACAUUUUGUGUUCCUCUUGGUCAGCUCUCGGCUUUUCUUCCCUUUCUGUUCUCUAAAACUUUCUCUGCAUGGAAUCCAGUCCUGCCUGUUGCGAUGAGAUUGUCUUUGUCUGUGUGUCUCAAAGUGGUUUCAAAAUGGUCAAAUUUCGUGGGAUUGAGAGAGCAUAGAGACUACUGUGGUUUUCUGAGUCUCGUAAAUGUUACUGGCUCGUCUCCGAAGCGUUGAUGUAACUGCCAGUAAUUAUCACAGCUUUAUCAUGGAGGUAAUUUUGUUAUGGUAUUUAUCCAGGGAGGAGUCCGGCCGAGCAUGCAGGCUCUUUUUUCGGCAGCUCCUUUCCUCAAAUUCAGACACUUUCUCACAUAUAAAGCUGGGAGUUUCCCCAGGACAACCACUGUUCUGUUUCUUUUUACGUUUGCUACCGCCCUGGUCUGUUUGGGAUCAGGCCAGGCAACCUCGUGGCAAAGUUUCUCUCAACUAUAAAAGCUGCUACCACCUCUCUGCAUUGUUGUAGCAUGAAUCUAGGUGGAGAAGGAUACACGGAUAAACAUUGAUGUCAUAUUAAAAUGUCUGUUCUCUGCUAAGGCCAAGUGUAUCAAACAUUUAGAGAGCAGACUCCUCUCUGGCGAGCCAUCUCUCUCUUUCUGGGGUCAGUGAGUGCAUGGUUGUAUCGUUGUCGAUGUUUGUUGUCCUUUUUCCAAAAAGCAUGAUAUGACAGUGAUGGUGAUGAUGAAGAUAAAUUCUCUCCUCUUGUUGUCCCAGUUUUAAGUCGUCUUGUCAGGUGCCCCCCCCCCAAGACAAGGUGAAAGGGGCGAGAUGGAUCACACUUUGUUGACCAAUCAUUUGCCAUCCGUGACAGGGACUGAAUCUGACAGAUGUCUGUGCUGUCGAUAAACGAGCCACUGUAGCAAAAACGGAGCGCCAAACUUCUUUUGUGUUACUUUUCCCAAAGAUGUCACUUUUGUUACUUGGAGCACAGAUUUGUCCUUUUGGAUUCUCCAUUGUUGUGGUGCCAUCUGCGGGUUGCUGUGCGCCUUGCAGCCGUGGCAGCGUUAGAAUAGAAAUUCAGAAAACACCCACAGAAAUGACAGGAACGAAACAAAGAGAGGGGCUGUUUAACAGAUAAAUUUCCUCAUUUUGUCAGUGAGUUGGUGUGUUGAAUCAAAGAUCUCUUGUGCACGUUCUGUUUUUUCUACAUCUGUGUUUUUUGGUAAGAAACCCUCGGAUUGCUGCCUCACUAUUCUGUAUAUAAAGAAAUGCACACACUCACAACACAGAGCUUAAACACAUACUCUCAUAACCUGCAACUGCAUUAUUUUUCAUUUACUCUUUAUUUUUCUGAACGUGAAAGAUAUUAGCGUUAUACAGCAGUAUAUAGGUAUGAUUACUCCUCAGUGGGGACGGGCUAAACAGACAGACGAUGCAGAUUUCGAGGGCUGCAGACCUCCCUGUACAUCAGGAUCAGCCAUGAAUUCUCAAUGAUGCCAAAUGUCUUUUUGAGCAGAGUACACCUUUUAAUCUGUCUCUCUCUUUCUCUCUUCUCUGUCUCCUCCCCCCCAUCUCUUUGUACAUUUUUUUCUAUUUAUUUAAAGCAGAAAUAUAUGGAUUGUAUCAAGCAUGGAAAGGCAAACAAAUGUUACAGUUGACAACAAAAAUCACAGGCUUUUAUUUUACAGCAGUAUAUUUGUUUAUUCUAGGGAUCUGUUUUCUCUCUCUUUUUUUGGAAGAAAUAAAAAGUCAUUUUCCAUUCCUAAA